UACUUUAACAUUAACUACUCAGUUACUCUCAAGUAAAGUACUUCCCUCCUCUCCUCCUUCUCCUCCUCCUGCUACUACAGACGAUCAUGUCUGACCCCCUCGCAAACGGGCCGCCCGACUCGACAUACAGCCCCGUCGUGGUCAUAUCUACCACCCCACCGCCGCACGACCCCCCGCCGCCAUAUCCGUCACAGGAGCGGCGCACGCGAGCACCGCGCACAGGUCGCAGACGUCGUACGCUCGAACAAGCCUCCGAGAACAGUUCGCAUGGCGCAGCCGAGUACGACGCCUUUCCGCCGACCAUCCACCAGCAGUUCGAGUCCGACGACGCCGACGGCGAUGCGACAGAGACCACCCCGCUCCUCGUGCCCUCGGGCUCCUCUCCGCGCAUACCAGCUCGCCUCCCGCCCGCUAUAAUGGGUCGGCAGCGCACACUCUCGCUCACGAGCACCGUGCGCUCGACGACGUCCAUCGCGCCCUCUCUCGCGCGGACCGUACUUUCCGCAUUCAACCCUGAGCGCGACUGCGACGUGGACGCGGACUGCGACGACCAGCACGACUCUGGCGAAUCCGGGGACGAUAGCCCCCUCGAAUCGCCCACGCUGCGGCAUAGCGGUCCCCUCGACGAUCAGCAGCGCGCCUUCGUCGCUGAACUCAUCGGCCGGCGUGUCGACCGACGGCGGGAUUCGUCGUGGUCCGCCCGAUGGCGACGGUACUACAGGCCGCUGGGUAAACGCGCCUACUAUGCUUCUCUCUUCCACCUAUUCGUCCUCAACUUCCCUUACGCGCUCCUCGCGUGGGUGUAUCUAUUCGUCUUCACCGUGGCGGGGACGACCACGCUUAUGGCGCUGCCUUUGGGGGCCGUCCUCUGCUUCCUAGAUCUUAUCGGUGCUCGCACGCUUUCGCGGGGCGAGAUCGCUCUGCAGACCACCUUCCACGGGCCUCUCGCGUAUUCCAAACCCAAUCCCCCGCCACCGAUCUUCGUGCGCACGCGCCCGCCGACAGUCGUAGAGAUGGAGCAAGGGCUUGGUAUCGUGCUUGACGCGGCUCGACGGUUGUCAGCUGGGCUGCGAGGAGCCAAUUGCAAGGCGGUAUCGAAGCGUGUCGAGGGAUGCAGAGGAGAUCGGAGGAGCAGGGCAGAUAACUCGUGCGCGCGAGGUUCGUGACGCAUUUGCAGGCGAGCUCGGAUGUCCCGCCGUUAUUCACUGCAAAUGGCUCCGUAUCGACACUCGAGAUGCUAUGUCUGUGGCUCCCUUGGUGAGUUGACGCCCUCCUGACUGAAACUGACAGUCUGGUCUAUAGCUCGUCAGGUCGUCAACAUUCGCUUCCGCUUUCAUGAU